AUGCUCGGUGGCAGGAUUCGUCGGAGGGCCCUGGCACUGCUGGGUGCCCUCCUGCUGGUGAUCCUCGUCUGGCCGCCCUGCUUCGCCUCGAUGCCAGCCACCGGUAGGCUACCACCGCCACCCGCGUCGGUGGCCCCCCGCGAACUCGGGCUUCCGCCGGCGAGGCCACAUCCAGCCGCCAUCAUGCUGCCGGUGCCGCUGCCCCUGCAACCGGCGCAUCCCGGCCCCAGGGCGUUGCGGCGGCGAAGGCAGCAACGGCCAACGGAGGCGGCGACGGCGGCCGACGGCGACGAACGUGAUCCAAGUGGUUCCCGGCCCCGACAGCCGUUAAGUGAAUUCCGUCGCUUCAUGCGUGUACUUAAUCUGACCACCGAUGCCACCGGCGACAUCGAAGAUGCUCACAGACAUCCCCACACUCGAAGACAGUACUCGACGACGGCGACGGCGAGCAGCAGUGCCAAUCAAGUGACAGUGAACAGUGACGACAGUGGUGGCAGUGGGUCGUCGCAGCCGCCGCCGCCACAACUCGUACUAAAUUUACGGCAGCCCCACGAAAAUAGCCCGCCGGCGGGCCACGAUUAUUUAAUUGAACCGUUCGAUAAAAAUAAACCCCAAUCGGUGGCGGCCAACACAACAAGAAGAAAGUUCGAUGACACUCCUCCGGCGGACGCGGACGAUCGCGAAGAAGGUGGCGCAGUGAUGAUCGGCGCUGAAGCAGCUAGUCAGCGGCGGCCCGGAGUGUCCCGGCGGCGCAGCAAGCGAACGGCGGCCAGUGGUAAUCCUCAUCGACAUCAACACAAGGUGCUGGCACCGGUGUCCGGGAUGACGAACGGCACCGGGCCCCACCAUCAUCGUGGCCGGAGUGGUGGUGCUGGUGGCCGACACCAACACCAUCAACCAAAGCCGCAGUCGCAGCAGCCGCAGCAGAGCAACAACGAAUCGAAUCUCGAGCGCAACGAACGGUCCGCCAACCUGUCGCACAUUUCCGGCGCGACGCGCAAAAUCCAGCUGUUCAUCAAGAACCGCUACAUCCAGCUGCUGCCCGACGGAACCGUGAAUGGCACGCACGACGAUCUGAGCAACUACACGAUUCUACAGCGGACCACUGUCGGGAUCGGACAGAUCAAAAUCCAAGCCGUUGCGACGUGCCUGUUCCUCUGCAUGGAUACCUGCGGCAGUGUCUACGGUUCGAAAGAAUUCACCGACGACUGCAUCUUCAACGAGCAGAUGGAACAGCAUCACUACAACACGUACUCCUCGACGCAGCACUCGAACGCGCGGCGCACGCUCUACCUCGCGCUCAACAAGACGGGCCAGCCGCGCAAAAUCCAGAUCCCGGUCAAUCGCACCCUCGGCAAGCUGGCCACCUACACCAAGGCACUCACGCAGACGGUGGCCCACGAUCGGGUAGAGCAGCUGAUCUCGCGGCUCUUCGGUGCCGACCACGUGCGCCACGGGCUGAACCAGCUGUGCGAAACGGGCCAACCGCUGGAGGAGCUCACGGCGAAGGAGAUGCGCCCACGGCCAGUCUGUCAAGGUGGACCGAAAGUCGCGACCGGCAGCGGCCCAGCUUCCGGUCUCAGUGCCAAGCAAACGCAACCGAACGCAACCAGCAAAGAGGGCCCCCGGCAGAAGAAGAAGAAAAAGCGGCGAAAAUGCCAGGAGGACGAAGUGCCGGGCGAACACUGCUUCCGGCCGGGCGGUACGGGGCCAAGCGUAGGUGGUACAAAUAGUGGUAAUAGUGGUAAGAAGAAGGGAGGCCAAAACCAGGGACAGCCUCGGGGCGGCAGCAACAGCAGCAGCAGUAGUAUUAGUAGCGGUAGUAGUAGUGGCCCUAGCAUUAGCAGUAGCUCAGUAGGUAGCAGCAGCAGCAGCAGCACAGACCAGUUCGGACCAGGCAGCGUCAGCAACGGUAGUAUUAGCAUGGGCAGUCUAGUGAGUAGUAGCAGUAGUAGCAGUAGUAUUAGCAACGGUGGCCCCAACCGCCAAGGUCUACCCGUCGCCCCCCUAUCAACGACACCAAAUGUGCGGAAGUCUGCGAAACAGACGAAAAAGGUGCCCGGCUCGGGUGGAGUUCGCAGUGGAAGCCCGGCGACCGGUCCGGGCGGUUCUGCUGGUCAGGCACGGAAGCCGAAGAAACCAGCCACCCAGCAAGCAGCGGCGAGUGGUGGAAAGCGAAAUGGAACGGCCGGAGGAGGUCAGCCUAGGGGUCCCCCCGCCAAAGGGAAGCUGGUGCCCGUCUCGAGCGUGAUGAUCGCUCGGGUCAGUCCGAAGCCCGCUUCGUUGAUGAUUGGCCGAUCGCCUCGCAUCACGACACCCUUUGCCACAACGACAACGACAACUACGACGACGACGACGACGAGUACCGUGAGCCAGCUGGAAGAUACCUCGCAGCAGUUGGAAGACUCGGUCAGCGAUUCCGAACCCGACAUGGCCGAUGUCCUGCUGCCGCAGACGUCAACGGAGCUGGCGGACGAGGACGAGCUCGACGAAGGAUCCCCAACAGCUUCCUCCUGGCACGAACUGCUCCCAACCAGCUCGGUCUCCGAGCAGCAGAGUGGGUGUUACCGGGGGCUCUCGUGUAGUAGUUUCAUUCUAAGCCUAGGUCCGCUCGUUGUAACCGGAGCCACCGUGCAUUUGCUCUAUCUAUGA